UUCUUCUUCAGGAGUUCUAACUUCCCUGACAAGAAUGGUAUUGGUCAAUGCUGUGUAUUUCAAGGGACUCUGGUUAAAUCAGUUUGAUGAGUCUGACACCCAUGAUCAAGAGUUUUGGAUUUCUGCUGAGGAAAGCGUUCAAGUGCCAAUGAUGCACAUCAAGAAGAAGUUUCGCUACUUUAAUCACAGGGAUCUUGAUUCCACAAUUUUAGCCAUGGACUAUAAGGGAUCAAGACUCAGCAUGGUAAUUGUACUACCCAAUAAGCGUGAUGGUUUAGCUGAGGUGGAAGCUAAGCUGGCUAAGGCAGAUUUGUAUGAGAUUGACAGGGGGCUCCACUCCGUUGAAGUGGAAGUGUCUCUCCCCAGAUUUAAAUUAGAAGAGUCACUGGAGCUGGUAGAAUAUCUGCAAGCUAUGGGCAUGAAGGAUCUGUUUGACGAGGUCAGGAGUGACCUUUCAGGCAUUUCUGGCAACCGAGAUCUUUUUGUAUCUAAUGUGAUUCACAAAGCCUUCCUUGAAGUUAAUGAAAAGGGCAGUGAGGCAGCAGCAGCAACAGGUUUGUCAUAAGAUCAUUUGUUCUUCAACUUCA